AUGAAAAACAGGACCAAACAAUUCUUGUCACAACUUGCUGGCUUCUUGUCGGUUCGAGAUGAUUUGGAUACUGUGGCAGCCACGGUCCUCCCCGAAGAUUUGGCAUCUUUCUACGAUCCCGUAGGAAAGGGUGUCAAGCCGUUGCAAGAUGAAAAUCUACUUCGAGAAGCAUCGGUAAAUCCACAGUCGUUUUCCAUUGGAGAGAGGCUGCAAGUCAUUUUGGAGAUUGCCCAGAAUGAAAUCAAACCACUGUUGGAUGCUUUUGGAAAAGCAUUAGUGAAAAAGAUCAAGGAUGCUGAAGGAGCUGACGGCGACGACGAUGACGAUGAAUCUCAUUCUCACUAUCCAAAGUACAAGUCGGCACCACUCAAAUCCAAGUCAAGGGCAGAAGAGAAGAUUCGCAAUGAAUACGACGGUAACACCUUGCGCAUUGUAGACUUGGCCCGAGCCUCGGUGGUUGUCAAUUCUGAAGUUCAGCUGGCCACUUUAUUGAGCACCCUUCUUAAAACAGAAGAAAGCAGCGCUGACGACGCCUUUACCCACAUCAAAGUCAUUCGAUUCAAGAAUCGCUUUCAAUCUCCAACUUUUAGUGGUUAUCGAGACGCGCUGUUUAAUCUGCAAGUCCGCAAUGAAACGACUGGUCAUGCCAUGAUUGUCGAAUUGCAGGUACAUUUGGCCCAAGUGAUUGUCCACAAGCCGAUGAGUCACUAUUAUUAUGGCUAUUUCCGGCAAUUCUUUAUGGGAAACAUGGAUGUGGUGGAAGAGCGGAUGAAUCUCUUAACAUCUCUGGGAGCUCAUGUGAAAGAGUUUCGUUUGGAUGUGGAUUUGGAAAAGACUGAUGGUGAUGAGGAGCUACUGGGCAUGGAAGCAAUACUGACUUCUUUGUGCAAAGAGGGGUCCAGCACUGAAAUAGACCCAAGUUUGCUGGAACAGCAACUAAAAGUGAGUGACAAUAGCCCAGUGCGGGCUAUGAUUGACAAAUUGCUUCCAUUCUGGGACCUUCAAGAUGUACUAAAGACUGUUGGAGUAGGGCCAGCCAAAUUGUCGUUGUACCAAAAUAUCGCAGAGAGUGAAUCGGAAGCCCUUGCUAUGUUCAAUGGAGAAUCUGAUCUUGCCGUGGAUGAUAUCUAUGGUCUUGCGGAGGAAAUCCUUCCAGUGUUUAACGCAUUUGGCGAGCGACUCGUUGAAGAACUGCCAGUCUAUCAUGCCAAUAAGAAUCAAGACCUUGCUUCUAUUCAAGAAGCAUUGGAUAAAGGCAAAGAAUUCGACAUAAUGAAUCCUUAUGAACUGGAAGAGGCAUCAUUGAAAUCCAAAGAAUCCAUUCAAACCGUGGCCAAUGACGAUUACAAUGGGAAUCUUUCACGAAUACGAAACAUAAUCCAUGGAUCCAUUACAGCCGCAGAGUAUGACUCUUUGUUUAGCCUGUUCGAGUAUAUGAAGCUACUUUCCGAGGACGGCCAAGUCGAAAUUGUAAGCUUCAAGAAUCAAUUCCAAAGUGUGCCGGAGGGAGACCUCUAUGCAUCCUUAAUUGGCUACAGACACGCUGUCUACCACCUUUUGUUCAAGACAGAAGACGGCUCGACGAUUGUUGUGGAGCUCCAGGUUCACCUUGCGUCGUACAAAAAUUUCGAAACAGAGGCAUUGCACUACUUGGAUCUGCUAAAGCCAUUCCUGUCUGGCGACGAGGAUACCAUCGAGGCAAGAACGCAGCUAUUGGAUUCAUUCGAGGAGCAAGCCAAGAUGAUUCAAGGCCGAGAAUAUGCUGGACUGGUGGAAGCAAUGAUUCAAUCCUUCUGUGACAAUGGUGAGCUCGAAAAUCUUCAAACAUUCGAGACCUUGCUUGGUCCAACCAUGCUGGCGGACAUGAAGGUUGCAAUUUUGUGCUGUCGCGAGAGGCUUUGGGCCCUCUCAACAAUGCCUUCCGAAAGCCUCGACAAAGCGGAAGCUAUUUUCGAUGCAAAGUUGACACUUGCAGAUUAUUUGUACGAGUUUGCCAGAUAUGGAGAAGCAAUGGAUGGGUACGAAGCGAUUGAACUGUUGCAAAGUCUUCGCGAAGAGUUGCUUUCGUUCUACAGCAAGGACACUAAGAACCGAAAGUGUCUUCGUUGCUCCAUGUUGUACUUUGCUGCCUGGUUCGAAAUGUGUGAUGAUGAAGAAUCCCCAGAAGCAAAGGAGAAUCUUGAGGCAUUCCAAGCGCUUUUGAACGAAAUGACAGAGGUAUUGGGUCCUGACGACCCAAUGACCAUUCGUGGCAAGCAAAUUCAUGCGUUACUCGGUGAGUUGGAUUUACUUCAAGAAGCCUACAGACAAGGAGUGCAGUACCUUGGUGAGUCGCAUCCAGUCACAUUGAGUAUCGGGAUAGAUUUGAGCUUUGAAUAUGGCAUGGCUCCAGAAAAACCAAACGACUUUGAAAAGUUUAGUGAAAGUGUGUACAAAGGGUCCAUUGCAGUGUUUGGACGGACGCCAAAUACAAUGGAUAUGGAACUGGCGUACGCAAACAACCUUCGUAGUGCAGCGGCCAACACGACCAAUUUCACAGCGGACCAGAGGCAGCAAAUGGAAGCCGAGGCUGCCCGAGUGGAGGCUUUACAGAUCGCUGGAAUGGCAACAGAAUAUCUCGAUUUCGCUUUUGAUGGCAAAUGGUACAGGAAAACACCGUGGUCUGAACUUCCCGCCAAAGCAAAGGACGCAGCCAAUGCCUUGAACUGGGAAGUUGAUGAUGAUGAUGAGACAGCAGCAGCAGCAGUAGGCUCCUGUUGGUAUCCCAUGGAAACUCGAACGUGGGAGGAUUUGUCCAUAGAAGAAUGUAAUGGUGCACGAACUCUUGGGUUCAAUCGACACUCUUGGAAAGACAUGUUCAGCGGAUACUUGUACAUUGCACAAGAUUGGGAAUCCCUCUCCGAUGAAAUCCAAGCAUCCUGUCGAGUUUUAGGUUGGUCGGAAGAGAAGUGGGGUAAUACAAUUUUGGUGAAGAAGGAAGAGUCCCGGCAAUGGGGCGCAUUAUCCUUGGAUGAGAAAGAAGCUGCCAGGGCACUCAAUUUCGAACUGCGCUCCUGGAACACGAUGUUUGCAUCAGAUGCAUUCGAAAACAAUGAUGACGGCGAUUACUAA